AUGCAGCUAAAUACCAAAGCUUCCUUGGUCUAUGGGCUUGCUCUUGCAACAGCAGUCCAAGGAGCCCUAGACGCAGUCAGUCAGUCAACUCCUGUUUCUCUCAGGUCCUAUUUCAAUAACAAGGCUUUUGGAUCAUGCCCCGGCUAUGCCGCCUUUGAUGCGUUGAAUGAUUCCUACCCGGAUCCUAGUAUCAUUGGUAUCAAUGGGACCUAUACAUCAAAAUCAACUGGGGUUACCUAUGAUUUUCCUGGUCUUCAGCUCGCUUCGGCUCCAGAUAAUGUCAUCUGCGAAGGACAGACAAUCGCCGUCCCCAGCUCAGGAUAUUUUUCGGCCUCGAUCUUGGUCUCAUCAGACGUCGAGCUUUCUACUGUCUCUGGAAACAUAACCUACACUUAUUCAGACAACUCUACUCUUACAUCCGAACUGCGUAGCCUGCCUUGGUGGGCAUUCCUGACCAUUAAUCGUGGCGAGAUCAUUUUCCCCUAUCGCUUCACGGCGAAUAGUACGAAUUUCAAUACAACACAUAUCUUUGAGUACACGGCCGCUCUGGACCCGAGCAAAACUCUCAACUCUAUCACACUACCAGAUACAACCAACGCUACUACUGGGAGACUGCACGUAUUUGCUAUAUCUCUGUGGAAUGCAGCAUCCUCAUCAGCCCAAGUGCAAUUUGUGCGGCCAACCCAGAAAUGGACAGCCGACGGAAGCCAAGUUAUAGAGGUCACCAUAAACAAUUCUGGUCUUGACUGUAUUUCCGGAGAGGGCCUGAGCGUCUCAAUUGCAAUGCCUGGGGUACAGACCUUGGAGCCUGGUCAUAUCAAGAGGUUGUGUCCCGGUGAUCAGAAAAGAGUGGAUGUAGGCGUGAAUGGCACAGCCACUGGUCCAGCUGAAAUUAUACUACAACAUGACCGGUUUGCUGUACAACAGCAGGUUGCAAAUGUUUCUAUUGGCUUGACUGAGUGGACAUCAGACUUAUCAAAUCUUGCUCAACACGAGAGUCCUCAAUGGUAUGACGACGCCAAAUUUGGAAUUUUCAUCCACUGGGGUCCAUAUUCGGUUCCCGGCUGGGGUAAUUCGACUCCGUAUGAGAGCUAUGCCGAGUGGUUUUGGUGGUAUUCCACCCACACAGCAGCCGACAAGUCCGACUUCUACGACUACCGACUGCGCACCUUCGGUCCUGACUGGAAUUACGAUGAUGGUUUCGCCAACUUCACCGCAGCUAAUUGGGAUCCCAAAGCUUGGGUCGAUCUAAUCUACGCAUCAGGUGCAAAAUAUUUUGUCUUGACAACCAAGCAUCAUGAUGGCCUUGCGCUAUUCAAUACUUCCGACACCACUGAUCGCAAUACGCUGCACUACGGUCCCAAGCGAGAUCUUGUGCAAGAUCUUUUCGAUGCUGCGAAGACCUAUCAGCCAACUCUAAAGCGCGGGACUUACUUUUCCCUCCCAGAGUGGUUCAACCCCGACUUUGGGCCUUAUGGCUUUGCCCAAUUGCCUGGGAAUUCUUCUACCACCUGGCCGGGAAUCAUUGCACGUAAUCCAUAUACGGGUCUUGAUGAGCCCUACACGGGACGGCUUCCCAUUGGCGACUUCAUCACUGAUCUGAUGGUGCCACAAAUGGAGAUUCUUGCCUAUAACUACUCUACUGAUAUCCUGUGGUGCGACUGUGGUGCCGCUAAUGGAACCGCUCCCUUCGCGGCUUCAUGGUGGAAUCAAGCACGAGCAGAGGACCGACAGGUCACCAUAAAUUCUCGCUGUGGACUAGCCGAGGUUGCAGAUUUUGAUACGCCGGAAUAUGCAACUUUUUCGACGGCGCAAAGACGCAAGUGGGAGUCUAACGAAGGAAUGGAUCCUUACAGCUACGGCUAUAAUCGCGCAACGGCCAGUAGUGCCUAUAUGAAUGCUACUACCAUUAUACAGGACUUGGUUGACAUGGUCAGCAAGAACGGGAAUUUCUUGCUAGAUAUCGGUCCCCGUGCCGACGGUACCAUAGUCAAAGCUGAAGCGGACAAUCUUCGCAUGGCUGGAGAAUGGAUUCAUUCCCAUGCCGAAGCGAUUUUCAAUACGACCUACUGGUUCGUUAUGCCGGAAAUUGGGGACCAGAAUGUUCGAUUCACACAGACAAAUGAUGCAUUUUAUAUUCUAUUCUUGGAAGAGCCAACAACAAACAGCAUAUAUAUUGAUGCACCUUUACCAUUGUUGAAAGGCGAUGUCGUUUCUGUGGUCGGUCAAGAUCACUCCCAUUCGCAUAUUAGGUGGGAGGAAGGGCAAGGCAAACAUGGAGGGUCGGUCCCUGAUUCCGGAUUCACAUUUCAUGUUCCGGAGUCCGCCUGGGAAGGAGAGAUGUAUUGCUGGGUCCUAAAGAUUGAAUAUGCAGCAUAA